UAUUGUUGGCAAAUGAAGAACAGGACUGGUAGAAAAUAAUUUCAUUCAUUUCUAUUUAGGAGGUUAUGGUUCCUGCAGUGGAAACAUCCCUGCUUUCUUCACUGGUUGGUUCUCGUGAUGCCUUUUUACUUUUCUAAAGAUGGAAAAAUCAGUAAUGAUUACAAGUUGUUUUUCACACUGAUCACAUUUUUUUGCAACAUGGAUUUUCUUGCAUCUCCAGAUUUAAACAUGAUUUUAAUGUGUUUUUUUUUUUUUGUCUGGACAAUACCUGACAUGUGCCUGUCCAGAAAUGAAAAAAAAGAAGAAGAAAGAAAAACAAAAUCAUUUAGAGCUUUUUCUUCUGAAAUUUUAAUUCUUACUCUGGUUCUUGAACCAUUCUUCAUUGUCUUUGAACCUGAUGAUUACUGUCUUGAUUUGUGGUUUCCAAACUAGGGAGACAGGCUUUACCUGGGGGCACAGAUCAUUUACAGCGAGCAGGGGGGAUUGCAGCGAUGCAAGUUAGUUUCAGUAUUCUUCUUAAACAGAGGAGAACCUGCACUGAUUUUUUUUUUUAAUUUCUCUGUUCGGUGUGAAUAUCAGUUUGUAGGAAUGGUUGGAAUGGCAAAAAUGGUUUGGUAACCACUGGUCUGGAUUAAUGAGUAUAGUUUCUCGUCUAUGAAGAAGAAAGGAUUCCUUGUCAAUUCAUCAAAAUUCCUUUUUUUUAAAGAAAUAUUUAAUUUUGUAAUAACUUUUUUGUUAAGACUUUUAUUUAAUGUGACAUGGUUAGCUUCAUUAUUGGAGUCUUUUAUGUGUCAAAUUAGAUUCAGAUUUCAGUGUCAAACAUGAUGUCAAUGAAAGCCUCAACUCAGUUUUUAGUUCAUUAGAAAUUGGAUGAUUUACUUUUCUUUAUCCAUACUAAGCAGGUAUUUAUUUUUACUAUCCAUGAGCCACAAAUGUCAGGAAAAUUUUGGGCAGAUUUAUUUAGGGCAAUUCCUCCAAAAGUUAGAUUGACCUUAAAGUCUUUGUCAGCGUUCCUUGUCCAAACGCACACUUGAACUGUGCAGAACAGUGCUCUGCUUCCUGUAUGUUGAGAUUGCUUGAAUCCAUGUGCAUUUAAAGGAUGUUCCUUUCAGAUGUGAACUUAAAACUACCAACAUAACAGUUUCAUUUGACCCAAAUUGGUGAUAAAUGCAUAAAUACAAUUUUUGUUUGUAUUUUUCCAUUUUAUGUUUGGUGUUUUAAACCAUAUUUAUUUCAUCAUACAAGUUUUAUCAGUAAGUUGACCAGAAAGGAAUAUAAUUAAAAAACAAAUUAGGUUAUUUGGGUACUUAUUAAAGAAUCAGUGUGGCCAGUGAUGCCUGUACUGUCUUAUGAAAAAAAGAUAACAUGUAGCACCUGGUCCACAGCAACAUCCUUGUGUUAAUGUUGAUGCAAAUUAGCUGCAAUUCCCUCCAUAAACCAGUGUUCCCUUUUCAUUAACGCUUGUGGGAUUUUUUUUACUGCCUUUUUACAGACUGAAAAAGUGACAUGUUAGUGGAGAUUAUGGUGGAACGGUAAAAAUGUACCAGGAUGAAUUCUAGAGAAGAAUGUAUCAAAAGGCCGGAAGUUGUUUGUUUCAGCUGAUUCCACUUCACUCUCUGUGUUAGGAGACAAAUAUAAGCCAUGAAGCCGAGUUGUUCCUCAGGUACUGAGAAAUGGAAGGAAUCCUCACCAAUACUAUGUAGAAACAAUGACAAAUUGUUUGGUUAAAAUUAAAUUACAAGUGGGAGAAAAAUGUCGGGUUUGAGGGACUGUUACUAAUUGACUACGUUCUCAAACGUUGCUUUACAUUAAAUGUAUUUAUUUCUAUCCUGAUCUGUGAGUGCGAGUGCGAAAGGAAGCGGGUGUCCGUUGUGUUCAGUUUUACUCUUAAAAAUGUCAGUGAUUUGCAUGUUUCCAGUUUUGUAAGCACAUAUUUUGUAAAUGUCUCCAGUGUUAAGAGUUACACAUACAUGUUUUUACAGACCUGCAUUAAAAUGAAGGGCGGUCUUUAACUGUCAAGUGGUUUUCAUCAUUACGAACCUGUCAUUUAAUAUCUAUAAUAAUAUUAGGUUUAAAUUUACAUGGUUUUGUUAUGUCUUUGACAUCUUUGGUUUAAUUUUUAUGAUUAAUUAUGAACUAUGAAGUUUACAAUCAUUUAACUUGGAAUGAAAAAGUUAUUUGAAUAAUGCAGAAAGCCAUUUUUAUUAAUUGGAGGAACAUCUGGAUUUGGAAAAUAAAAAUAGAGAAAUGAUUUCUAUUAAAGGCAAUACCUUCAAAUUUCAGCACUGCAUGAUGGCAUGUGAAAUAUUUGGCGAUAAAACGUUUUUUCACAUUAACCUUGCCUUUUCACACUUUUCCAUGGCCUCGAUUAAAAAAAACAUGUAUAGGGUGUUUAUAACAGUGUUAAUUUUUUUUUUAUAUGAAUAACAUGCAUAUUGCUAAUGUUUAUACUUUAGUUGACAAAAUUACCGAGCUACAACAAUUCUUAACAGUCGCACAGUGGGGAGAGUUCACUAACGGGCUCUAAAAUUCAAAUAAGGACAGGCAAAAUCUAUUUACAAAUGACGAGUUGUAAACGUAAACUGUUUAUUAUUUCAUUAUGUAUAUUAUUUUUAUAUUAAUUACUAUUCAAUUCAAUAACCACUUUCUUUUAUUUCUUUCAUCUUAAAUUAUGUUUAUUGUGAAAAGAAAAAUCACUUCCGGGUUCCUGACGUAUGACAGUGGGCGUGGUUGGCAACGCUACAGCAGAGGCUAUUCCUGCUCUGUUAUUUCUGUUGGUUCAAAUGGUAAUGUACGAUAACGGAACCUUAACUAAACUCAGACAGGCUUUAGAGGGAGGUCACUCGGAGAACAGUAGUUCAAUUCUUUCUGUGUCAUGAAGUACUGCAGUACUCGAGGUGGAGUCCAGGGAUGGGAGUUCAGGGAUGUGCUGUUCUCUGGUUACGCUCCAGACGGAGGGAUGUUCAUGCCAGAGAGUCUUCCACUGUUGACCGUGGAGACACUGAAGAGGUGGAGAGGACUGUCAUACACCAGGCUGGUGAUGGAGGUCUCCUCCAUGUUCAUCCCCAGCCACCAGAUUCCCAAACAGGACCUGGAGGUCCUAGUGGCUGAAGCCCUGUCUGGUUUCUCUUCACCUGAUGUCGUCACAAUGGCUCGGCUGAAGGACGGCCUCUCCGUCCUGGAGCUCUUCCAUGGACAAACCAUGGCCUUCAAGGACCUGGCUAUGACCUGCACUGUGCGGUUCCUGAACUAUUUCCUGCAGAAAGAGAAUCGCAGAGCUACAGUUAUUGUGGCCACCUCAGGUGACACCGGUGGCUCCGCCAUUCAGAGCGCUAAAGGUCUUCGUGGGCUGGAUGUGGUUGUGGUUUACCCACGAGGACGCGUCACUCCAGUCCAGGAGAAACAAAUGAUCACCUGCCUGGAGGAGAACAUCCACGUGUUUGCAGCCGACGGCAGCUCCGAUGACAUAGACCAGCCUGUGAGACGGCUCUUUGCCGACCAGGAGUUGGUCAGGUCUCACAACCUCAUGAGCCUGAACUCAGUGAACUGGUCCAGAGUCAUGAUCCAGCUGUCACACUUCAUCUACGCCUACCUGCAGCUGAGCGGAGUUGAGAGGUGUGAGGCUGACGCAGCGCUACCUGAGAUGGAGGUGGUGGUUCCUACAGGAGGGGCGGGAAACAUCGCAGCUGGUGUCGUCGUCAAACAGAUGGGUCUACCCCUGAAGCUGGUUGCCAUGGUGAAUUCUAAUGACAUUGUUCACAGGACGGUAACCACGGGUGACUUCUCCAUGGCAGCCACAGUCACGCAGACCUUGGCCCCGGCCAUAGACAUACAGGUACCACUGUAACUCUUAGCUGUGAUCGAGGCGACGUUAACAGCUGUAACAAAGGUUGUGUUGUUUCUCAUAUCAUUGUAAAACAGAGCAUGUUGGUGCAAAGGUGAACGACAGGAUAUGUUGACUUUGUAAGGACCACAUCAAAAGUCCCAAGUGAAGUCCUAAAGGUUUUACAUCCUUGGAAUUAUGUUCCUUUGUUAUCUCUGUACCACAGUGCCUCUCAAAUAG